AUGUCCGCCCCGGGCUCCCAGAUCUCUAAGCGCAGAAAGUUCGUCGCCGACGGCGUCUUCUAUGCCGAGCUGAACGAAUUCUUCCAGCGCGAGCUGGCCGAGGAGGGUUACUCGGGCGUCGAGGUCCGCGUCACGCCCACCGUCACCGACAUCAUCAUCCGCGCGACGCACACGCAGGAGGUCCUCGGCGAGCAGGGCCGCCGCAUCCGCGAGCUCACCUCCCUCAUCCAGAAGCGCUUCAAGUUCCCCGAGAACUCGGUCUCUCUCUACGCCGCCAAGGUCCAGAACCGCGGUCUGUCCGCCGUCGCCCAGUGCGAGUCCCUGCGCUACAAGCUGCUCAACGGCCUCGCCGUUCGCCGCGCCUGCUACGGUGUUCUCCGCUUCAUCAUGGAGAGCGGCGCCAAGGGUUGCGAGGUCGUCGUUUCCGGCAAGCUGCGCGCCGCCCGCGCCAAGUCCAUGAAGUUCACCGACGGCUUCAUGAUCCACUCCGGCCAGCCCGCCCGCGACUUCAUCGACAGCGCCACCCGCCACGUCCUCCUGCGCCAGGGCGUCCUCGGCAUCAAGGUCAAGAUCAUGCGCGGCUCCGACCCCGAGGGCAAGGCCGGACCUUCCAAGUCCCUGCCCGACGCUGUCACCGUCAUCGAGCCCAAGGAGGAGUCCAGCAUCGUCACCCCGAUGAGCCAGGACUACGGUGCCAAGGCUGCCCAGAUCCAGGCACAGGCCGAGGCCGCCCGUGCAGCCGAGGAGGGCGCGGAGGGAGAGGAGGAGGUCGUUCCCGAGGAGCAAUAG